AGCCCGAGAACAUGGAAGCAAGACAACAAAAAUAAAUUUGUGGACAUCAAGCCAGAGUGCAUGAUGGCGGCGUCGCUUGGGCGACGGGACAAGAAAGCCACUGCCACCCGCUUGAAGGCAGACUUAAAUCGCACUGACAAUAGCUCCGGGGUGCGACAACUUCAGGAGCUGCUCGACGCUGUGCUAAAUCCCGAAAAACCAGCGGCGGACACAGAGGCUCUUGACUGGUGUAAAUGUCUAAUUGCAGGAGGCGAAGGUUUUGAGGAUUUCUGCAAAACGGUCCGGUCCUAUGACAACGCGACUCUGUGCGGCUUGGUUUGGACGGCUAAUUUCGUGGCAUAUCGCUGCCGAACCUGUGGCAUCUCCCCGUGCAUGUCACUGUGUGCAGAGUGUUUCAAUAAUGGAGAUCACACGGGCCAUGAUUUCAACAUGUUCAGGAGCCAGGCUGGUGGGGCCUGUGACUGUGGAGACAGUAAUGUCAUGCGAGAGAGUGGGUUUUGCCGACGGCAUCGGUUGAGAACGGGGGAGAAUGUCCCCUCAAUACCUCGAGACCUUCUUCUGAUGUCGGAGAUGGUUCUUCCUCGCUUUAUCCUGUGUAUCAUACAGUAUCUGAGAGAUGGAUACAUUGAACCAGACACCUCAACUGAGAGAGAUCUACAGAAAGUCCUGCAGCAGCUGGAACCUCAGAUAUCCUUCCUGGAGGAACUCACAAAGAUGGGAGGCGCAAUGAGGACUGUACUGACAAAGAUCUUGACCAAUCAGCAAACAUUCAAGGACUUGAGCAUGGGCCAAGAGGAGAAUUUGUAUGCUAAAAGGAACUAUGACAAGUAUUUGUCAGCCUUGAAAAAUUCAGGCCUGGUUUCUGUGGAGGAGAAAUGCCAUGGUGCUGCUGCUGAUGUUACUGGUGAUGCUGAAGGAGGUGCAGGAGCAGUGGUCCUAUUGGGAACCACCGCACCAGGGAGCCCAGAUGAGUCUAAUAAAGAGGAGGACCAAGAUGCAGGGCAGUCUGUUGGACAGAGGAAGAGGGUUAAGCUGAGCAGCAAUACCAAAGACCCGUGUAUUAUUGAAUCUCUGAAGCAUAAAUGCUUUCUGGAGGAGUUGCUGUUUUGGACAAUAAAAUACGAGUUUCCCCAGAAGAUGGUCACCUUCCUACUGAACAUGUUGCCAGAUCAAGAUUACAAGAUCACUUUUACAAAAACAUUUGUUCAACAUUAUGCAUUCAUCAUGAAAACACUGAUGAAAAGCCACGAGUCAGAUACCAUGUCCAACCGCAUUGUACAUAUUAGUGUGCAGCUGUUCAGCAAUGAGGAGCUGGCUCGACAUGUGACAGAGGAGUGUCAGCUGCUGGACAUCAUGGUCACAGUCCUUCUCUACAUGAUGGAGAGUUGCCUUAUUAAAAGUGAACUUCAGGAUGAAGAGAACAGUCGCCAUGUUGUGGUGAACUGCAGUGAGGCUCUGUUGAAGAACAACACCUACUGGCCAUUAGUUAGUGAUUUUAUUAACAUACUCUCACACCAAAGUGUGGCGAAAAAUUUCCUUGAGGACCAUUCAUUGUUGAUGCUGUGGAUGAGCUUUGUGUCAUUUUUCCAAGGUAUGAACCUGAAUAAGCGGGAGUUGAAUGAACAUGUGGAAUUUGAGUCUCAGACAUACUAUGCAGCAUUUGCAGCAGAGCUUGAGGCCUGUGCACAACCAAUGUGGGGUCUCUUAACACACUGCAAAGUGAAAGAGACUCAGGAAUAUACUAAAACUGUGGUACGCUACUGCUUGGAGACCCUGCAGAUCUGGUUUGAUGCCAUUGGCUUCAUCGAUGAGCCUGCGCCAAAUCAAGUGACAUUUCACCUGCCACUGCACCGCUACUAUGCCAUGUUCCUCAGUAAGGCUGUAAAGUGCCAAGGCCUGGACUUGGACAGCCUCCUGCCUGACCAAGAGAUGCUGAUGAAGAUCAUGGUGCAUCCACUCCAAAUCCAGGCAUGCCUGUCCGAGAUCCACAGCAACAUGUGGGUCAGGAAUGGUCUGCAGAUCAAGGGACAGGCUAUGACCUACGUGCAGUCACACUUCUGCAACUCCAUGAUUGACCCAGACAUCUAUCUGCUCCAGGUUUGUGCAUCAAGACUGGAUCCUGACUACUUCAUCUCAAGUGUUUUUGAAAGAUUUAAAGUGGUUGACCUGUUGACCAUGGCGUCUCAGCAUCAGAAUGCUGUGUUGGACUCUGAGCAGGAGAGGCCGAUGCUUGAAGGAGCGCUGACCUUCCUGGUCAUAUUGACAAGCCUUCGAGUUCAUUUGGGGAUGACAGAUGACGAGAUCCUUCGGGCUGAGAUGGUCUCGCAGUUGUGUAUGAAUGACCGUACACACAGCGCGCUGUUAGACCUUAUUCCUGAGAAUCCCAACCCAAAGAGUGGCAUUGUACCAGGGAGUUGUAGUUUUGAGGAGAUGCUCUCGGCUGUGGCUGACUUCAAAGCACCAGUGUUUGAGCCUGGAGGCUCCAUGCAGCAGGGCAUGUACACACCAAAAGCGGAAGUGUGGGAGAAGGAGUUUGACCCCAUCAUGGUCGUUCUCAGAACGGUCUAUCGGCGUGACGUCCAGUCAGCAAUGGACAGAUACUCAGCAUUUUUAAAACAGUCUGGCAUUCACACCGGCAACCCAUGGCCACCUUACAAGGAGAGGACUCCUCUGCAUCCAUGUUAUAAAGGCCUAACCAAGCUGUUGCACUGCAAGACCCUGCACAUUGUGAUAUUCACUCUCCUUUACAAGAUAUGGAUGGAUCAUCAGAACAUGUCGGAGCAUGUGCUGUGCAUGGUGCUGUACCUUAUUGAGCUGGGCUUGGAUAACCAGGUUCAAGACAACAAGGAGGAUGAGGAGCCUUGCAUUGAGGAGCACUGCCAUGACAGCUGGUUCCCUGGCACAAACCUCCUCUCCAAUCUGCACCAUGUCAUCAACUUUGUGAGGGUUCGGGUUCCUGAGACGGCUCCUGAAGUGAAAAGAGAGGCCCCUCCCAGCACCAGCACUGAAGCUUCUUCCUAUGGCCAGAACCUGCGUGAAGCUCAGGUGUUCAGCCUUGUAGCGGAGCGGAGGAGGAAGUUCCAGGAGAUAAUCAACCGCAGCAACACUGAAGCCACCCAGGUUGUCAGGCCCAAGAGCUCCUCAACACGCUGGGUCCCACCAGGCACACCCCCUCAGCUGGUGACCGAGAUCCUGGAGAUCCGGGAGAGCAUGCUGUCUCUCCUCAUCAAGCUCCACCAGAAGUUGUCGUCCAAGCAGAAUUCUCUGUCGGCAUCCUGGCUGGAAGAUAUGGACACGAGCCGUCACACUCAUGGCGAUGGCAUUACAGCCAUUGAACGCAUCCUUACCAAGGCAGCCAUGCGCAGCUGCCAAAUCAAGCGUAGCAUCCAGGACAUUUGUGGAAAGGUGUGUCCUCCUGUGCCACCAAAGAAGAACAGUCCCACUGACAAGAAAACCAUGGAUAAAGAAGAGAGACGUCAGAGGGCUAGAGAGAGACAACAGAAGCUGCUUGCUGAAUUUGCAUCCAGGCAGAAGAGUUUCAUGGAAACGGCCAUGGAUGUUGAAUCCCCUGACACUGAGGCAGCCAUGGACCUAGGAGCGUCUGAAGUGAUGGAGUCCGAGGUUCUUUAUGACUGUGUGAUCUGUGGCCAGAGCGGACCCUCCACCGAGGACAGACCCACUGGCCUCGUAGUCCUCCUCCAAGCAUCCUCAGUGCUUGGGCACCGCUGCAAAAGCAAAGAGGCUAAGAAGCUACCGACUAGUGAUGAAGAGCACAUCUACGCUGCAGACACGUGUGGAGUGGCUCAUGAUGUCAGGCUCACGCUCAUGCAACAGUUCUUCAAAGAUAGCUCUUGUCUGCAGUCUGUGUCAAUAGGUUGGGAUGGGGGCGUCUAUGUUCAAACCUGUGGACACACUUUGCAUAUAGAUUGUCACAAGUCAUACAUGGAGUCUCUGAGGAAUGACCAGGUCCUCCAGGGUUUCUCUGUUGACAAGGGUGAAUUCACGUGCCCACUGUGUCGACAGUUUGCCAAUAGUGUCCUUCCCUGUCGCCCUGGGCGGGAGACAGAGGCUGGUGCCUGGCACACACCCACAAACAAGAAGACAUUUGUGCUUGUAAAGGAGGUGGAAGAUCUUCAGGAGAAACUUGGCCCGUUCCCAACCGAAUCCAACUUGAGUAAAGAGAUGGAGCUGGUUAUUAAAGACAUCAAGAAUACCACCCAGAAGAAAUACAUGGACUACGGCAAGAACCCUGGCUCCCCUGACAAUGAUUUCCUCUUCAUGUACUCCGUGGCAAGGACCAACCUGGAGUUGGAACUUGUGCACCGGGGAGGAAACUUGUGUUCUGGAGGGGCCAGUGCAGCCGCCAAACGCUCAUGUCUCAAUCAGCUAUUCCAUGUGCUGGCCAUGCACAUGCGUCUGUACAGCAUUGACUCAGCCUACAACCCUUGGACUAAGCUGACUCAGGUUACACAAAGCAAAGAGGCAUAUGGCUUUGAUGAAAAGAGACCUGAGGUACCCAUGCUGUUUCGAGAUGUCCCAUCCCUCCUGAUUAUCUUUGUGCUAACAAUGCCACAGCCUCUGCGAAAAGAGCACUUUACCUGUGUGGUGAAGAUGCUGUACAACCUGCAGUUCACCCAGGCUCUGGCUGCACUUUCAACCAAGUUCAGCCCAGAAGAAAGGCAGGCCUGGAGCACAUCUGGAGCACUCAAGAAGAAUGCUGCAAAUGCUGAGACAUCUUUUGAAGUGCUGCUAAGUCACGUUAUCAGUGAGCUCUCGAAGGACAACAGUGUCUACAAGGUGAACGCUGAAGAAACAUUAAUGCUGAUCUCCAGUGUGUGGUCUCCACAAUCUAUCGAGUUUAGCCUUCAACAGUUCUGCCUGCCCUUCCUACGUCUCUCCUGCCUCCUGCAGCAUCACCUCUACGGAGACAACCUAACUAGCUGUCUGGAGGAGGAGGAGUUCUCGUCCUUGGCUGUGUGUUUGGGGCUCUUAUCCUCGGCCCCGCCCUCCAACACUGUGCACAGUGCCUCAUGUCUGAAGUGGGCAGUCAGCACCUUUGACUUGGUGUCACAGUGGUGCACUGAGGUCACAGGGCUCUUUCAGAUGCAAGCUGAGCAAUCAUUGACCUUGCUUGUCCAGGAACCUCAGUGGGCUUCCCCCCGCCUUCUCCAGCUACCCGACAACUACAAUAUCAUCUUCCAGUACUAUCACAGGAAGGCCUGCACUGCCUGCAAAAAGGUGCCAAAAGACCCCGCACUCUGCCUUGUUUGUGGCACCUUCGUCUGUCUCAAAGGCGUGUGCUGCAAACAGCAGGGUAUCUGUGAAUGUGUUUUGCACUCCCAACAUUGUGGCGCAGCUACAGGCAUCUUUCUACUGAUAAAUGCCUCAGUCAUCAUCAUCAUCCGUGGACAUCGUUUCUGCCUGUGGGGUUCUGUUUACCUUGAUGCCCACGGAGAGGAGGACCGCGAUUUACGCCGUGGCAAGCCUCUCUUCUUAUGUGAAGAGAGGUAUCGAGUGUUGGAGCAACAGUGGGUUUCACACACCUUUGAUCACAUCAAUAAGCGCUGGGGGCCUCACUAUAAUGGACUCUAAGAUCUUCCAAAGUCCACUGAAAACAGCAACCUGUGACGGAGAAGAUUUCUUUUUUUCUGGCUUAUGUGUCUGCCUCGAUUUAAAUAAAUGGGAACUCAUAACGUGAUAAACACAAA